AUGGAAACUCCCGAGCCCAAUCAGCAGCAACCCUCCUCCUCCUCUUCCUCCUCCUCCUCCUCCUCCUCCUCCCGCCCCAAGCUACCUUCGAAUUUCAAGAAGGAGCUCUCAAAACAGUACCUCAAGCAACAGAAGCGCAGAGUCCGCACCCAAACUUUGCCGUCCGACUCAGUUGACAUUUCGCUCGACGAUUAUGUUUCAUUUUCGGAGCAUCUAAAGUCGUCCAAGCGGAUCAUGGCCCUUUUCGGAGCCGGUCUGUCGGCCGCCUCGGGCGUUCCAACUUUCCGAGGCGCCGGCGGAUUUUGGAGGGAGUACGACUCGACGACCUUGGCCACGCCUGCAGCCUUCUUCGAAAACCCCUCGCUCGUGUGGCAAUUUUACAAUUAUCGUCGCCAUACCGCGCUCAAGGCGCAGCCAAACAGGGCCCAUGUGGCGCUAGCCAAGCUCGCGAAAGCGAAGCCCGACUAUCUCGCUGUUAGCCAGAACAUCGAUGGUCUGUCACAACGUGCAAACCAUCCAGCAGAAAAUAUUCAGCUCGUUCACGGCUCGCUUUUCGAUGUCAAAUGCACGAACGAGGCAUGUUCUUACGUUAAACGGGACGAUAUGCAGGAUCCCAUCGUUCCCGCCCUGCAGUUGCCCGACGACGUCGAUAUCUCGGAUCCCAAGAUACCGCUGAAGGAAAUUGCCGUUGAGGAUCUACCACACUGCCCACAGUGCUCUUCGCUCCUCCGCCCAGACAUUGUGUGGUUUGGCGAGCCGCUGGCCCGAUCUUCAAUUGAUCGCAUCCAUGAUUGGAUGGAUAAAGGCCCGAUUGAUCUGAUGCUGGUCGUUGGAACCACCGCCGUCGUCUACCCGGCCGCAGGUUACAUCCAUGGCGCAAGAUAUCAGGGUGCGAGGGUUGCCGUAUUCAACAUGGAAGAAUCCGAGGAAGAGGGGGCAGCGUCGAAUCUCAAGGAUAAUGAUUGGUUUUUUCGAGGCGACGCGAGUAAGAUCCUGCCCGAAGUACUGAAGGAAGUCAUCGGCGUCGUACCAGGUGCCUAA